AUGGGCUCCUCCAGGAAGAGAUCUUCGUCCAUGGACAGUAACCGGGCAGUGUGUGGCCGCCGCGGUCGCCGAGACUACGAGGACGAGCCUGAAUUCGAGACCGACGAGCUCUACCCCAUGAUCACGCCGAUCCCCUUCGGAACCGUGGCCUGUAAUGCUGCUUCUUUCUUUUCUUCAUCCACCAGUUCGGUCGCCUCUUCGGCUGCCAGUGACCGAGCCGAUUGCGGCCAUGAUCACAAGCCCAAGUUGACCUCUGAGAACUUGGCGAGGUGCUUCGGGAAGCAGCGUCAUUCUUCUCGCAGCUCCACCGCCGCCACUACCACUGGAAGCCGCGAUGGCAAGCCCGAGCUGUCCCUCAUGGACCUGCCCACCGAGUUGCACCUGGACAUCGUUGAAAUCUGCUUCAUGCUCAAUGGCUGGGGCGACAACCACAAUGCGAACAGGGACAAGAGAUACAUUGGCGGUGCCGUUCGGGAGCUGACCCUCGUCAACCAAUACUUCCGCGAGCUCACUGCGCCGUACCUCUUCAAGAACAUCUGCAUCAACGACAAGACCGAGGCGACUAUGAAAGACCUCCUCAAGGAGAGCAUCCAGGCCAUCAUGACCAGUCCCCGCAUGCACCAGUGGCUGCCAAACAUCGAAAAAUUCACAGUUUCCCUCACCCGAACCCCCCAGCCGAACCACCGGUACGUCGAGGAGGACCUGAUCCUCAUGCUGGACCUGGCCCGCCCCAAGACCCAGCGCUUCGUUAUCGAGAAUCACAGCACCCAGUGGCAGCUUCUGUGCCUCGUCGAGAAUGUCUGGCGCAAGUGGGCACAGAGCGGCUUCCCGCACCGCAUCUACAACACCAAGCAGCUCGAGAUCUCCGCGCCAUUCGGCCACAACUGGGACUUCCAGUUCCUCGCCAGCCCCUACGUCAACGUCUCGCGCAUAUGGCUCGACUACAACUGCGACCUCCUGGAGCCCGCCACGCUCAACCUUGCCCGCCUCCCGAACCUCGAAUACCUCAUGAUCCGCUCGUUCCCGGCCCGCUUCCCCAACGACGCGUCCGACCUCGCGCGCUUCUACGGCUGGAGCGAGCCCGCCGACUCACAGUCCAAGCUCGCGGCGCUGGCCCGCACCCUCCCGCAGCUGAAGCACCUCGCCAUGUGCGGGCUCCUCAACGGGCCCAUCAAGGACCUCGCCGCGCGGCUAUCGCCGAUGCGCUCGCUCGAGCAGCUCGACAUCACGGACCAGCAGGCUGUCUGCGCGCGGCAGGUCAUGGACGCCCGCAGCGGCGCGCACCGGGACGACGCGACCGACUGGGCCAUCGCCCACAGCCGCCUCAUCCGCGAACACCCUUCCAACACCGGGCUCGCCGACGCCGCCGCCACCUUCUUCGAGGCCAUCCCCAGCCUCAGGCGCGUCUGCUUCGUCCGCGACCAGGUCGGCAGGGUGUACCACGCGGUCCGGGGCGAGGAUGAAAACGGGGCACAGGUGCUCGAGCGUGUCGAGGCCCGCGAGACUGUCACCGCGCCGCGCCGAUAUCUCAAGUGGCAGAGCCCCAAGGCAUGGCUGUGCGGGUUCCCCAACGUCCUGGGAUACGAGCUGUUCGACGGGAGGGAGGAGUCGUACAUCGACACGAUCCGGUCUGAGGCCACAUUCUGGCUGUAG